AUGGCUGUUGUCAUCGUUGCCGGGGGCUUGGGUGACUUGGGUCGUCCUAUCAUGGAUGCACUCUUUGAGAGUGGCCAGUACGAAGCUUACGCGAUGUCGAGAAAGAGUCCAGCGGAUGGUUGGAAUACCGAGCGUACCUCACCACUGACUGGCAAACGAUAUUUCCCUAUCAUCCAAACGGAUUAUAUGUCUGAGGAUGCUCUGGCUGAGCAACUCGCAGCGAAACAAGCAGCUGUUGUUAUCUGUGCUCUCCCUAUGGAAUCAGACGCGACAUGCGAGACUCAAUUGCGACUCAUUCGCGCCGCCGAUAAGUGCUCCAAUGUCAAGCGCUUUGUCCCAUCCGAAUUCAACGUUGAGUAUGACGUGGGCGACGACAUUCUUCCUUACCCCGAAAAGAGAUUCCAUCUCGCCGCGCGACGGGAGUUGGCAAAGACAACAUCGCUCGAGUACUCGUACAUUUAUCCGGGCAUGUUCAUGGACUAUUUCGGCCUACCGCGUGUGGCAAGCUCGCUUCGUCCGUUGUGCUUUUGUGUCGACGCGGAGAACGGACAGGCCAUACUGCCAGGGGAUGGAGAAGGCCGUAUGAGCAUGACAUGUACAGUCGACGCUGCACGCUAUCUGGUCAUGGCUCUCCAACUAGAAAAGUGGCCACGAAUCAUGAAGGUCGUGGCAAGUACAGUCUCAAUGAAUGAACUUGUCAAAAUCUUCGAGAAGACGCUUGGCCGAAAACUCGAAGUGCGCUAUCAGCCUGUAGAGAAAUUGCUCAAGCAUGAAGCGAUUGACCUACCCGUCAAUAUCGCCAUUGCGGAGAGAUUCUCUGACCGAUUUCCUCAGGGCAUCAAAGGGAUAGUGGCCGAUCUUGAAGCGUCAGUGGCACUUGGAGGGUAUGACCUAGAUAGGCUUGGCGAACACCUCGAUCUUGUCAAGCGUUUUGAAGGAAGGACUCCGCCUCCGAAAAGCAUUGAGCAAUUGAUAGAAGAGGCGUGGAAACCAUCAUAA